AAAGUUAUAUCACCACUGGAAAUGGCAGUACACGCUCCAUACAAUCAUGCACCUCCGCCCACUCAAGAAAUAAAUGGUCAGAAACCGACAUUAGCCCCCGCGAUAACUCUCGAACGUCCAGCGGACUGUAUCAACCGCGGCCAGUAUCCCGCUUUCUACAUUAUCUGCGGCUAUCUUAACAGACUACGGGCAGAUGCGCCGCACAAAAAGUACGAGCUUCUGACGAGGAUAUUCGGGAACUGGAGGGAGAAAGUAGGGCCAGAUCUUUAUCCGUUGAUCAGGUUGUUGUUACCUGAUAAAGAUAGGGAAAGACCCGUGUAUAAUUUGAAAGAGUCAAUGUUGGCUCGAUGCUACAUUGAUAUAUUGUCGUUAGAGAAGCACAGCGAGGCGGCUCAGAGGUUGAUCAAAUGGAAGCAGCCGGCAGGAAAUUCACCAAAUCCAACUGGAGACUUUGCGAAAGUCUGUUACAAUGAGAUAAAAGCUCGAUCCACCGUGGAGGAAGGGCAAUUGAGUGUUGAAGCAGUAAACAUGCUCCUAGAUAAGCUGGCUGUUGGAAAAAUGAAGCAAAAAGAUUACGUGCCGAUACUCAAGGCAAUCAAUAUGCAAUGUACAGCUGAGGAACAAGAAUGGAUUAUCCGGAUUAUACUCAAAGACCUGCAUAUCUCAAUACGUGAACGAGGGGUCUUAUCAGCGUUUCAUCCGGAUGCGAUAGAUCUGUAUAAUGUUUGUUCAGACCUGAAGCGUGUCUGUUGGACUUUGUAUGAUCCCGGCUUCAGGCUCAAUAAAAAUGAAACGCAUCUUGAAUUAUUCCACUCCUUUCUCCCUCAAUUAUGUGGCCGCAUGAAUGAUGCGUCGCUCGAAAAUAUUGCGAAGGCUAUAGGAGCGCCAAAAGAGUUCAUCAUGGAAGAAAAGUUGGACGGGGAGAGAAUACAGUUACACAUGAGAGGAAAUGGUGCACAAUGGUUCUACUGUUCAAGGAAAGCUAAAGACUAUACGUAUCUAUAUGGCGCCCACCCAGGAGAGGGAAGCUUGACGCGCUACAUAGCUACUGCGUUCCAGGACAAUGUCAGAAAUGUCAUUCUUGACGGAGAGAUGAUGGUUUGGGAUCCUGUAGUGGAACGUUACCUGGCUUUUGGGACCCUCAAGUCAGCUGCACUUGACCAUUUCAAUGAUGAAACCGCCCCUCGUCCAUGUUUCAAGGUGUUUGACAUCCUUUUCUUGAACGAUCAUUGCCUUUCCCGCAAACGUUUAUCAGAACGCAAGCGUCUCCUUCGCUCUGGAAAAAUCUUCAAGAAUAUUGAGAACUAUAAGGGGAGAUUGGAAUUUGUAGACGAGAAAAGAGGGAAGAACGCAAAGGAUAUUAGAGAGUAUUUGGAAAGAGUGGUCGAGACCAAAGGCGAAGGUUUAGUGGUUAAGAAGACGGAUGUGAUUUAUCAGACGAACUCGAGAGGAUAUGACUGGAUCAAGGUCAAGCCCGAGUAUAGUGACCAAAUGGGUGAGAAUUUAGAAGUCUUGGUGUUGGGCGGAUGGUGGGGUAAAGGAGGACGUUCAGGGAAGAUUUCAAGAUUACUCUGCGGGUUAAGAGAACAGGCGUUUGACGAUGGUACAGUGGAAAGACCAAGCUUCAAGACUUUCUGUUCAAUCGGUUCUGGAAUGAGCUACUCGGACUACGAGUGGAUUUUGAAUAAACACAAGAAGCAUUGGAGACCUUUUGAUAGGUCCAACCCACCCCCUUUCAUGAAGCUUGGGCCAGUGGGUCUCGAUGACAAGCCGGAUGUUUAUAUCGAGCCGGAAAACUCUUUCGUCAUCGAAGUAAAGGCGUCUGAAAUCGUGCCGGCAGGAGGCUAUGGAAUAGGAUUUACUCUUCGUUUUCCACGCUGUAAAUACAUUUACUACGACAAGAAUAGUCGAGACUAUGCGCUCGAUGAUGAGUCGAAAGAGAGGGAUAUGUGGACUAGUAUGUCUGUGGACGACUUCAUGGACCUCUUCUCAAGGCCCAAGAGGUCGUAUGACGAUAGUCAAGGUCCUGGGAAAAGGAAGAAGCGCAAGGUGAUCAGGUCUAAAAAAAACCACCUCAUCAGCAACUUCCGAGGUCAGAAGCUUUCAGAUGCAGAUGUGGAAACGAGCAUAUUCAGCGAUAUGACGUUUUUUAUUGUGAAGGGCACAUCCGACUACCCUAAAGCUGAUCUCGAAGCACUUGUGCAUAAGCAUGGUGCAGAUUUCACGCAAGCGCAGCUGUCCGACCUAUCGGCGAUUGUUAUCUCUCCCGAUCAAAAGAACCCUUUAGUACGAGCCCAGAUCAGACACGGAGUCAAUGUCAUCAAACCUGAGUGGGUAUUUGAGAGUAUUGCGCGGAGGACAGCAUUGCCUUUCUUAAAGGAAUUCCUGGUCUUCGCAUCGGAAGAAGCUCAAGAUGGGCGAUAUUACAAUAAGACACUUGAGCAAUACGAUAAGGUUUCUUUUGUGCGCGAUCGUACCGGCGGGGCACUCGUCGAUGAAGAUGGUGAUGCCGAUGUCGAAGAUGAGAUCAUGGAUGGUGAGGACAAAGAUGAGAUUGACGUGGAAGAAAGUCGAGAAUCCAAGAACCGAAGGAUGGCCAGAGAAGAUCUCAAAGAGAAAGAAUCGAAUAGAACGCUGGAGCAGAAGAAGCUUCAGGAAGCAUGGGGUUUGAGAUCACGAGCGAGUCCAGGAGAUUCCGAUAGUGAACCUGAAGAGGAGAUGUCGCUGAAGGAGGAGAGUGACACGGAUUCGGAAAGAAGUAGGGGGCUCCGGGCGAUUUAUGAAGAUGAAGAGGACGGAGAAAACGACAGUCAUGAAUCAGAUGUUGGGGUAAACGGAGAUGAUUACAGAGCGGUUCCCCUCAGCGGGUUGAAUGACAAGGAGGAAGGACUUAUGGGAGAGAGUCCAGAAGCAAUGCACUAUGAUGAAGAUCGAAUUUUCUAUCACCUUGCAUUUUACAUCGAUACUGCAAAGAACGCUGCGGUUAACGGCUUGGAAAGCUCGUCUCCCUCUUUCGACACCCAAGAAAGACUCGUCAAAGUCGAGAAGCUGCUGAUAGAGAAUGGUGGACGUGUGGCGAGAAGCAUCUCCGAUCCCAAGCUCACGCACAUUAUAAUGGAUGAUGAGGAUUCGAGAAGAUACGUCGAGUUGACGAGGAAGACUGCCAUGCCCAAAAGGAAACACAUUGUGACCCCCAAAUGGGUGGAGGAUUGCGUGGAUGAAGAGACAUUGCUGGACGAAGAUCUGUACAAGCCCAAGUAAUCUGUUGUAUUUUGCCAACUCGCACCAUGUACUAUCUGCUUGUACUAUAUAUAACGUGCCAGCCUGUACAUACAAUCAGUGGUAUCAGACCGCCUAAUCAUGAUCUGU